CCGCUUUUCAUCGCCUAUUCACCUAGGGGGCAACAAGCGACCACGCCUGCGCUGCAGACUUCGUAGUACAGCUCGCAGAAGUGAUACGCAGUUGCAGCGCGCGGUCGGACGCACGCCUGCGCCGCCAAAACCAGCUUACUACAACUGCAGCUCUCAGCAGUGCGUCGCCGCAAAAGAAUCAUCGUAGCUACCAACACUCCACGUGCAGUGCGCGCCGCAAACAGCACCAACAAAGCAAGAUGGUCAAGAAGCGAGUAGACGACCGCGUGAAACGUUUUGUGGAGGAAGGCGUCCGGAGCGAACAACGGUCUUUGAUCGUGUUGGUCGGCGACCAUGGGAAAGAUCAAGUCGUGAAUUUACAUCAAAUGUUGGCACGAGCGAGGGUAGCCGCGCGACCGAGCGUAUUGUGGUGCUACAAAAAGGAACUCGGGUUCUCGACGCAUCGGAAAAAGCGCAUGAAGCAGAUCAAGAAACAGGUCGCUCGAGGGUUGCACGACGCGACGACCGACGAACCCUUCGAACUGUUCAUCAGUCAAACACGCAUAAGAUGGUGCUACUACCGCGACACGCAGAAAAUUUUGGGGAGUACGUACGGUUGUCUCGUAUUACAAGAUUUCGAAGCUCUGACUCCCAAUCUACUAGCUAGAACGAUCGAGACCGUGGAAGGCGGCGGGCUCGUCGUGUUGCUCCUGCGGACGGUCAAUAGCCUGAGGCAGCUCUAUGCUCAAACUAUGGACGUUCAUGCUAGAUUCAGGGGGAGCGGCGCCCAUUCCAACGCCGACUUGGUGCCGCGCUUCAACGAGCGCUUCAUCCUAUCGUUAGCCGAUUGUGCUCGCUGUUUAGUACUUGAUGACGAGCUCAACGUCCUACCCAUCAGUAAAAAGCAUGUGAAGCGCUUCGAUGCGAUACAAGACGAUGCUGAAGAGUCCUCGAGACAGAAAGAGCGGCGCGAGGUCUCGGAAUUAGCUUCAUCUUUGCGAGAUGUGCCGCCGGCCGGCGAAUUAGUGGCCUUGGCGCGGACGCCGGACCAGGCGCGGGCGAUCUUGGCGUUCAUCGAUUCCUUGGCUGAAAGACGAGCUCGUAGUGUGACGACACUCACAGCACCUCGGGGACGAGGCAAGAGUGCCGCUCUCGGUUUAUGCUUAGCUGCUGCGGUGGCCACGGGCUACGCGUCGAUAUUCGUCACCGCCCCGGCCGUGGACAACGUCGCGACGGUGUUUGAAUUCUUACUGAAAGGCUUGGAGGCCUUGCACUACGACGAAAAGACGGACUAUGAAGUUUUGAAACACAAAACGGAAAGUGGCGUAGACGUCCCCGCGCGCGUCGACGUCUUUCAAACUAACGAUAGUGGACCGACGACGCGGCAAGUGGUCCAGUACGUGUCGCCGUCCGAUUCGCACCGACUGGCCCACGCGGAGCUCGUGAUUGUCGACGAAGCGGCGGCGCUGCCUCUACCGGUCGUGGAAAAGUUGCUCGGGCCCUACGUCGUGUUCUUAGCUUCUACCGUGACGGGCUACGAAGGUACGGGCAGGGCCUUACAAUUGAAGUUGUUAGCUAAACUACGGAAAGCUCACGCGCGACGCGCCGUCACGGACGCUGCUACACAAGCCGCUUCUGAGGUAGAAGGGAACAGUCAACAAAAGAAGGGCCAGCAAAAGGUCCACGAGCAGCGCUGGGCCAAAGCUUCCGAAGCUGCUAAGAAUUCUGUGACCAAGUCCACCUUGCGAGAAUUAACGCUCGAAGCGCCCGUACGGUACGCUUCCGGUGAUGCGGUGGAGGCGUGGCUGCAUCGCGCGUUGUGUCUGGAUUCCCCGACGAAAUCAGUAUAUGCGCUGAAGAAGGGUCUCCCGGCACCGGUGCACUGUUCUUUGUACGAAGUCAAUAGAGAUGCGCUCUUUAGUUACCACGCGUUGUCAGAACGCUUCUUGCAGCGGGUCAUGGCCCUAUAUACGGCGGCGCACUACAAGAAUUCCCCGAACGAUUUACAGCUACUGUCCGACGCGCCGGCGCAUCGGCUGUUUGUAUUACUAGGUCCUGUGGAUGAAGAAGCGUCAGCGGGCGAACUGCCCGAUAUACUAGUGGUCGUGCAGGUCGCAUUAGAGGGCGCGAUCCAGGCCGAGGCCGUGAAGGCGGCUCUAUCCAGAGGUGAAAGAGGGGCCGGCGACUUAGUUCCGUGGACGCUAGCUCAACAGUUCUGCGACCCGGGCUUCGCCAAGCUGUCCGGUGCUCGCAUUGUACGGGUAGCCACGCACCCCGACGCUCAAAGAGUAGGAUAUGGUACAAGAGCGCUCAAGUUAUUAAUAAGCUACCUCGAGGGCGAGCUCGACGAGCGCGAGGAGGACGACUCCGACUCAUCAUCAGAUGAUGAUGAAGAACCGUCGUCACUCAGGACGGAAUCCUUGCAACCAAGGAAGAAGAUGCCGCCUCUCUUGGCACCGGUCGGGGCGACGCAGCCGCCAUCGCUCCAGUGGGUCGCGGCGUCGUACGGCUUGACUGAGGGCUUGUUCGAAUAUUGGUCGAGGGAAGGUUUGAGGCCCUGCUACGUGAGACAGACGGCCAAUGACGUCACAGGGGAACAUACCACCAUAUGUUUGAGGGAGCUAGCAAACGCCGAAGGUGUUCAUAAGGGCUGGUCCGACGCCUUCGUCGACGACUUCCGCAAACGGUGUGCUACUCUAUUGGGAUUGCCGUGCUUCGCCGCGUUUCCUCCAGCAUUGUCAUUGGGGUUAUUGGGCGCGCGCGAUACGAACAGCGCGCUCCAUCGGCGCGUCUUCGCCUCUGAUGAUAGUGAGGGCAUCGCGGACGCGUCGGAGUUAAAUGCCCAUUUCACGCCCCACGACCUCCAGCGAUUAGACCUGUAUGCGAAGCAGAUGGUCGACCAUCACCUGGUGGCUGAUCUAUUGCCAGCUCUAGGGCAGUUGUGUUUUCGUGGGAGGUUGGACGUGAAGCUGUCCUUGCUGCAGGCUGCCAUCGUAUUGGGCUUGGCUUUACAGAGAAAGGAGAUCGGCACGAUCGCCAAAGAUUUAGAUCUACCUACGUCCCAGGCACUAGCUUUAUAUAAUAAAGCUAUUCGAAAAUUCGCGGCCGCGAUUCGAAAAGUCAGGGAGGCUCAUGUCAGAGAUGUGGAACUGGGUUUAACUGAUGAACGGGAAGCGUCGGAACGAGCCUACAUGUCUAGGUUGGAGCCGGCGGAUGAUGCUGUUGUCAAACCGGUCGCGGCGCCGGUAGCCAACGAGACAGGCGUGUCGUUGUUAGAUGCCUUGGAGGCGGCGACGCCAUCCUAUGAAAUCGACGACGCGAAAGCGAAGCAAUUGGGGACCGCCGCGGGCGCGGCGCCGGCUUCCGGAAAGCUGGUGCAGGUUGUGGGGAAGCGCCGGGCCGACGAGACGCCCGUGCCGUCGUCGAAGAAGAAGCUGAAGAAGUCUUCGAAGAAGAAGAAGCGGCGCGACUCGUAAGUUGUUUCACUGGU